AAUGCACAUUGCAACCCUUGAAGAUUAACCAAAGGGGCAUUUUAAUCUUUGCAGAAUGCCCAGCAUGUUGAAGUGGAGAGUAUCCCCCUGCCCGAUAUGCCUCAUGCUCCUUCAAACAUCCUGAUUCAGGAUAUUCCUCUGCCUGGAGCCCAGCCUCCUUCUAUUCUUAAAAAGACAUCAGCCUAUGGACCUCCUGUCCGGCCUGUUUCUGUACUUCCACCUCCUGGGCAUGGUGUUCCUCGCUUACCUCCAGGCAGGAAGCCUCCUGGACCUCCACCAGGACCACCUCCACCUCAGGUCUUGCAGAUGUAUGCUCGUAAAGUAGGAUUCUCCCUAGAAAUGGCCCCUCGAAGAAGAGAGGAGGAGGUGUCUUAUAGUCCAGAGACAGGUCCACGAGGACAUGAUGAAGAAGCCUCAAGUACCAGUGAAGAUGAAGGGUAUCCUGAGGAUAUGGAUCAAGACAAGCAUGAUGACACUACUGAUGACAGUGACAGUGACAGGAGUGAUGCAGACAGUGAAGGGGAUGAGUUCAUGCAUCAUGAUGACAAUGCUGAAAGAGAGGGUGGUGAAGACAAAAAAUCAGGUCAUAGUGUGCGGUUUGCCGACAUACCUGGAAAAUUGCGAAAGAAGAAAAAGAACAUGAAGGAGCUCACUCCACUUCAGGCCAUGAUGUUGCGGAUGGCUGGUCAGGAAAUUCCUGAGGGCGGCAAAGAGAUAGAAGAAUAUUCUGAAGAUGAUGAUGAUGAAGAUGAAGAUGACUCGGAAGCGGAGGACACCCCACAGCAGCAAAGCACAGAAGAGUCCCAUAUAGAGACUGUGUCAGCAACACCCUCUCAAGCAGCACAGCCGCCGCCGCCACAGCAGCAGCAGCCACCCCCUCAGCCUGUCCCUCCAACUCAGAUGCAGGCUCCUCCCAUGCCUGGGCCGCCCCCACUUGGGCCACCUCCUGCACCACCCUUGAGGCCUCCAGGACCACCUACUGGUCUUCCUCCUGGUCCACCUCCAGGGGCUCCUCCAUUUCUUAGGCCACCUGGAUUGCCUGGACUGCGUGGACCUUUACCACGACUUUUGCCACCUGGACCUCCCCCUGGCCGUCCUCCUGGUCCUCCACCUGGGCCACCUCCAGGUCUUCCACCUGGUCCUCCUCCAAGGGGACCCCCACCUCGUCUACCACCUCCAGCCCCUCCAGGUAUCCCUCCUCCUCGACCAGGCAUGCUGCGCCCUCCAUUGGUGCCUCCACCUGGGUUAUUCCCACCAGCUCCCAUUCCAAAUCCUGGCGUACUCAGUGCUCCUCCCAGUUUGAUCCAGCGUCCCAAAGCAGAUGAUACCAGCACAGCCACCAUUGAGAAGAAAGCCACAGCUACAAUCAGUGCCAAGCCACAGAUCACCAACCCCAAGGCUGAGAUCACCCGCUUUGUGCCCACAGCCCUGCGGGUUCGCCGAGAGAACAAGGGGACAACAGCUUCCACCCAGAGGAAACCUGACGAUGAGCCUUCUGUUCAGAUAUCCAAAGCAACACCAAAGGCCGGCUCUUCUGCCCCUGUAUCUGUGCAGACCAAGGAUGAUGUGUAUGAAGCUUUCAUGAAGGAAAUGGAGGGACUGCUGUGAUAAUCUAUUCCCAGUUAACCUUUACGUCCUUUGCAAUGAGAUCAGACUACUGUAUUAGGGGUAGGGAUUCCAUGUUAUACUGGCAUCCAGUUGAAGGGCUUCCUUUCAGGCAAGGAAUAGUCCCCCAUCCCAGUUAACACAUGAUCCGACUUGGAAAGUCCACUGUAGACUUGGAAGAGGGGCAUAAUCACCUACCCACCUUUUAAUGAAAAGUUCAUUUGUCUGUGCUCCCAUGGAAAACCUGUUGUCUUAUUUUUUUGUUAAGGGAAGGAACAUUUUUGAGAAACCAGAAUGUCCUGGUAAAUUAUCUCCUAUACAUAUACCUGAUCAUCAGGUUUUUAGGCUCUGUUUUGGUGGCUUUCUGUAAAUAUUUUGUAAUGCUAUUUUGAGUUGGGUGAGACUAACUGGUUUACAUAGUCAUAGAGGUGGGCAGGCUGCUAUUUGCAUAUAUGGCAUGUAAACUUUUUGCACCCACCCAGUGUAUCCUGCAAUCACUUCAGUGGCUUUUUGCUAACAAGAAAUAUCAUUGUUACAUGAAAGAGAAUAAAUAUUUGAUGUAUUAUAACA